CGUUCCAUCGGGGCACGGAUCAAAUAGAGAGAGAACGCAACAGAGAGAGCGGUCGGUGAUCAACCGAUCGCAUGGCCGAAUAACGGAAUGACCUUCUAAGUGGAAAAAAUACUAUACACCAGGAAGCUACCUUUCCUAUGGCUGAUGCCGCAGGUGGCAUCUUUUUGAGAAUACAUUCACGCACAUGCAAAUCAUCGUUGUGGAGUCUGAUUUGAUUUUGGCCAGCUGCUAUGUGGCCACUUCUCUCUGACGCGCCGGGUGUCUACAUACUAAGCGUAACGGCUUUGUUGGCGCUUAACUUGUAUAAUUACCUUUUGGGCAAUCGUUAAACCAUUGCGCUGUUUAGUAGAAUCAUCUCUGGUAGCUGAUACUAGCAACGUCAACUAUAGCUACCAGCAACGGUAAGAUUUUACCACCAUGACAAUAGAAUUUACGUUUACAUUCCCUAAUAUAUUGCUUCUGUUUGGUAUUUGAUGAAGCAACUGACUGUCAUAUAGAACCGUAUCGAAGCUGACCAUUCUUUCACUUGAAGCUGUUAACUAUUUAAACUAACUGCUAUCACCCUCUUGGCCUGGCGUAUUAAUAAUUAAAGUUAGCCUGUAGUUUGCUCAGUCUAUUGUAAGUGUGGUCGUAUAAAGUAAGCUGAACAGCGUAAGUGUGUAUGUGCUUUUCAUGCAGCGAAGUGAUCCUGCUAAUUGCGCGAUAGCUCGGUGUCCUUCUUUCCUGUUUAUUCAGUGAUCGCUGCUCCUGCAUUCAACAAGUAAUUUCAAGAAAACAGGACUGAAGAAAAACGCGGCCCGUCUUUGCCUGCCACCCGUUUGUCCGUCCAUUGCGCUCUCGCCACACCGACUGAAGUCUCAGGGGCUAAACGGCUCAAAAAGUGGCUUCGUUCCCCCUUGAUGCGUUUCAGCGACUGGUCACAACCGCCACAGCUAUCGCUUGUUGAGUAGCUGGGGCACCAGCAGGUUUCGCCACAUCUGCAGGGUUUUCUGCUGGGGCUCAGUGGAUCGUCUGCAGCCGAUCUACAAGUAACUGUGCUGGAUUCUCGAUUUAGAAGCAAAAACGCAGAGCACAUCACAGUAGCAGAUCCCGGUUCAGCAUCGCUAGCGUAUUACCAUAACACGCUGUAGUCUGUGGCCAAAAAAAGAAGCACACCAAUACGUUCCUGUGUGAAUUCGCGUGGAUGGAUCUGACUCGCGCCUGUCUGCUGGUGCUGUUGGCGUUGCUUCUAUCGCCGCUGGUUAGUUCCGCCUCUCAACGUCCGCACACACUUAAGCAGCCAGUUACGUCGCCUCACCUUCGUUAGUAUAUUCAUCUUUCUUCCUUUCCUCCUCUCCGCUUUCGGCUGCUGGCUUCACUACAGUUGGCUAACGUAGGAAGGUGGCAAGCAACGGCGACGGCAACGUCCAGCCACCAUGAUAAUAAUUAUAGCAUAGUGAACUGGUCAUGAGCCGCGCCGACCCCAUUGUACACUUCUCCCAUUAGAGGAUUCUCUUUGCAAGCGACAUCUCGUAGCUGGUGACAGGACCUUGCAAAGAAAAUUACGAAAGAAAAGAAAGCAAGGCAACAGUAACGACCAGAGCCCGAAGUGUGGCGUGGCUGUAGAAGCUUCGGUGUCUGCUGAAUUUGUCUGUGUGUGUCCGUGUGCACGGCUGAAAAGCGUACGGCGAUUUUGGGAGACGUGGCUUCUGCUGAAACAGCCUCGCAAUACUCGCUUCUGCAACUGCAGCUACAACCACUGUUAUUGUCACUGCUACAACAACAUUGUCUCCCACUUCGCCGCGCUCUAACUAGCUUACUAUUCAGCUGACGUCAGGAACUGUCCUUCACGUGGCUGACUGCCACCGCACUCGUGUGCAGGUUUUUGAGGUUCGCAGUGCGCCUUGAACUGAACUAAGCUUGCCUGCUUCUGCACCAACCACCCACGUCGCUAGAUUCAUCGGCACAUCGGUUAUAUUUGUCGACAACGACGACGACAGAAACUGUGUGUUUAAAAGUAUGGCUUCUAUGUGUGUGUAGCUGCGUAAGCGUAACAGGUAUAUGUGAGAAUCUGCGAACAAAUACGUCCUCUCCUAUGUGUAGAGUGUGAUCGUUUUUAGUCAUCGUCGGUUGUGCGAUAUGUUGUAAAAAAGCUCUGUGCGCGCUAUCUUGAACUUGCGAACUCUGGCAGUGGCUGUUUGCAACGCACUAACAGCUGUCAAAUUAAGAAGCAAACCGGGCAGAACAUUACACAUUUCCGCAACAGCAACAACAUUAGUAUCCACACGAAAACGGCAGCGUCGAUAAAAGCCUAAAGAACGUUGGUCACCCCACUGCCCUUGCCCCGUUACUAUCAGGGCUGCCACUUCCAAGGUACUACUAAUAUCGCUGCAGUUACUACUGCAGCUUUGCCCCUGUGCCUGCCCCAUGGACCGUUACUACGACUGCGGUAGCAAUCUUUUCCUUCGUCGCUGACGACGGCGGCCUUCCUUCCUUACCACUUCUGCUCCUAAUCUCUGCCACCCGUGUGUUUGUGGUACCUUACCCACCGACGCCUGGUUCACACCUCCUUGCCCUUCUAAAGAGUCCAAUAGUUCGCCGAAGUCGACGGUCGAUUGGUAAGGACCUUUCAGUAUACAGCGCUCCUUGCAUCGUGCAAGUACGACGACUGUCGAUACUCAAUAACAAACAACCAACAAAAAAACACGAGCUAAAAAGUCAACAACAACAAGGUCAACGACACCGGAUACAAUCAUUACUCCAGAGAGCCCCGUGAGUGUCUCUAUCUUUGUUUUUAUCUUUCUAUUUGUUUCUGUGUCUAGGACUCUGUGUGGGUUUUGUGCUCUUUCGCGACAGCACGCAGCUUUAGUCUGAGUCUUGGAAUCUCUAAGCGCGCCUCCCCUGACUUGUAGCGCCUAAAACUUAGGGGGUAAUGAAGAAAAGUUUCAGCAGAAAACAAGUGGUGCCCUUCAUUUCGGCAGCUGUGAAUCUCGUACAGCGGAAUAAUUGGUGAAAUAGCUUAUUGUGUCGUGCGUGUGUCGGGGCUUUGCAGCUUUAGCUGUAGAGAACAACAAUAACAGCAGGAAGACGACUUCUCCUCGAGGUGCGAAGGCGGUUCGAUUCAUUGAGCCCGAGGUUAAAAUCAGUUGGGAACGAGGCUGGUUUCUACAGGGAUUCGUGCGCGGGCCCUUCACGUGCCCUGGAAAUUCGGCAACGGCUGGAGGGGCAACGCCAAUAGUGUGCGGGUGUUAAGGAUGUGGCUCAAAGUAGCAGGUGCGUGUGGGCUACUGGCGGGGGCCAUUGCGGCAGAGUUUUCACUCAAUCAACUUUUUCUUCUAAUAUUCAUAUAUUACGCGGCUACAGGCGGAUGGAGAUUCCUCUGGAUCGUCUGGGUUACAGGAUGGCGCGAUCUCCGGGGGCUGAUACGUCUCUUACACACGGCCGUCUACUUCAGGAGCGCGGUUCGGAACAAUCGUACGGUGGCAGAACUGUUCGAGAAAAGCGUUAAGAGAUGGCCCAAUCGGAUCGCAUUUCGCUGUGAUGAUACUAGAUGGACCUUCAAAGAGGUAGAGGAGCAAUCCAACCGAGUGGCUAAUUGUUUCCUCCAGUUGGGCUUCAAGCCUGGCGAUGAGGUGUGCCUUUUCAUGGACUCACGACCCGAGUUCGUCAUGAUGUGGCUUGGCCUCUCGAAAAUUGGAGUUGUUUCUGCCCUCGUCAAUAACAAUCUGCGUCUACAACCACUCGUCCAUUCUCUGUCCAGUGUACCCGCAAAGGCUUUCGUUUUCGGACCCAACCAGGCUUCCGGCAUGAACGACAUUGCUGGCGAAAUACUGGCCCAUAACAAGGAGCUGAAGUUUUUCUGCUAUGGAACGGCAGACGUUGCUCCGGAACUCCAUUCGAUGAAUCUUGAAAAGCUGCUUGAGACCAGCUCGUCAGAUAGGCCACAGCUGAACUACAAGGGGUCCAUUCAUGAUAAACUGGUAUACAUCUACACUUCAGGCACGACUGGUCUUCCAAAAGCUGCGAUUAUCAAGCAGUCGCGCUUCAUUUCAAUGGCCUCAAUCGCCAGCAACAUUAUGCCGGUGAAAAGUAACGAUAUUUUCUAUACGUGUCUACCGCUAUAUCACACGGCUGGCGGAAUCGUCGUGGUGAGCCAGGCGCUACUUUUCGGCAAUACGGUGUGUAUCCGGCCAAAAUUUUCUGCCUCUAAAUUCUGGGACGAUUGUAUAAAGUACGAGGCAACUGUUACCCAAUAUAUUGGUGAGAUCUGCCGUUACCUUCUUGCACAACCGGAGAAACCGCAAGAUAAGCAGCAUCGCAUUCGGAUGAUGUUCGGAAACGGUCUCCGGCCGCAGAUCUGGACAGAAUUCUCACAACGAUUCAACAUUACGAACCUUCGCGAAUUUUACGGCUCAACGGAGGGUAACGCACACGUAAUGAACAUUGACAAUACUGUUGGAGCAGUUGGAUUUGUGUCCCGCAUCGCCGAAAACGUUCAUCCUGUUCGACUAAUCAGAAUCGAUGAGUCUACAGGCCUACCGAUGAGAAAUGGCAAGGGCCUUUGCAUUCCGUGUCAACCAGGCCAAGUCGGCGAAUUAGUUGGUGUUAUCCGGGUGAACGAUCAUAUCCAUUCUUUCGAUGGAUAUGCAUCUCAGCAGGCGACAUCAAAAAAGAUGUACCGCGACGUCUUUCGUAAAGAUGACGCUGUUUUUGCCUCAGGUGACUUGCUCGUUAUGGACGAAUUUGGAUAUUUGUUCUUCAAAGACCGCACCGGAGACACAUUUCGUUGGAAGGGUGAAAACGUCUCCACAUCGGAAGUCGAAGGAAUAGCAGCGAGGAUUCUGAACAUGGUGGAUGUUGUUUGCUAUGGAGUACCACUUCCUGGUUCUGAGGGUCGCGCAGGAAUGAUCGCCGUUGCAGAUGCUAACGAUGCCUUUGACCUGAAUCACUUCCUCUCCGAGAUUCGUCUCUCACUGCCCGCAUACGCAGUUCCACUCUUCGUGCGAAAACUCCGUCAGGUCGACACGACAGGAACAUACAAGCUGAAAAAGGUCGAGCUGCAGAAGGAGGGCUUCGAUAUUAAUCUGACCAAGGACCCCAUCUAUUUCCUCAAGGAUGAGGCCUACAUUCGAAUCGAUCAGCAUCUCCUACAGCAGAUCAACGAUUGCAAGAUCCGAGUCUAGGCCAGACUCGUCGCGUGUCGGCAAUAUCUUCCCUGAGGGCACGACUCGGACCUCAUAGGACAUCGUUUUCCCACAGGCAGCAAGUUUACCUUCAGUAAACAAAAUAAACUGGCUUCUAUGAACAGUCGAUCAUCUGGUACCACUAUUCCAUUUUCAGCAGCUGAUGGAGUCGUGCCGCUCAUCGUGUACAAAUUCAAUAGGACCGAUCGAGUCCCACGAUGUACUAAGUCGAUUGCAUAUGGGAAUCAUGCGGAUUUCGAAAUAUAAUAAGGCUAAUAACAUCCUGUCGACAAGUGUGAAUGACAAAUAAGGUAGGAAAUAUAGGCACUCUACAGAUACGGAUCACACUUCCAUUGUUUACGAUCGUUAACGCGAAAGAGUGACUAUUGUCGUAGUUUCGUUAGUUUUCUACUGUCUAUUCUGAGACCUAAUUCUGGCCACGCACUCUUUGGUCGCCGAGCAAUUGACGCAAUAUGUGAUCUUGUUCGUAUAUGAAAUGUCGCAAAAAUCAUAGAACAGACACGUGCUACGCAUUCACCCCCUAAAAUAUUAGGGUUAGAGAGAGAGAGGACCUUUCGCAGAGUCUAUAAAUGCCGUGAGCCGCAUGAGCCAGAGGGAUGUUCAUGGCCUUAUUAAAUAAUCAUAAUAAACAUAAAACAGAGAGCUAAAGUUUAAUAGCUCAGCUCGUUUUUGACUUUUGUAUCAGGGAGUGGUAAUAAUGGGCGGAUUUAAUGUAAAUUGCGGUUUCAAAUAUUUACAACACGCUAUUGUCUAUAGACAGACAAAUUCGAUAAUUUAUGUUAGGAAUAUAGGCACGAGAUAAUAGUAAUAAAAAGAGAUGCGAAAAAGUUACUAAACUGAUAGCUUGUACAAUGAAAAUUUUGUGUUUUGUGAAAAGUUUUUACAUCUCUAGUAGAAAAAUCAUAGAUAGUUCAUAGAGUCCCGAUAUCUUUUACUGAUAAAUGUCGUAUUCAUUACCAGGUUCGGUCAACUUUGCAUUUCAGCGCCUUUGUCUUAUAGUAGAUGGCUGUGCGAAUGUGAUACACAGUGUACCGUAUAAUAUUCUAUGUAAUAAUGAUGAUAAUUACCAUGUUGAUGAGUGAAAUUAUAUUCAUAUAGGGAAAAAUAUUUGUUAUU